AUGAUCCGGAAGAGAGGGAAGGCAUUACAAGAAUACUUGUCCAAAGAGUUUGAAAUGAAAGACCUGGGUUGCUUGAAAUAUUUUCUUGGAAUUGAAGUUUCAAGAUCAAAGAAAGGAAUUUUUCUGUCCCAAAGGAAGUAUGCAUUGGAUUUAUUGCAUGAAACUGGAAUGUCAGCAUGUCAACUAGUUGACUCACCAGUUGAGGAAGGCCUGAAGUUGUGCAUUGAGGUAGACCAAGUACCCGUUGAUAAAGGAAAAUAUCAGAGACUUGUAGGAAGAUUAAUGUAUUUAGCUCACACAAGACCUGAUCUUGCGUAUGCUUUGAGUAUUGUUAGCCAAUUCAUGCAUAAUCCUUGA